AUGAAUAUACUGAACGAUCGAUUCUUCUUUUUCAUCUCGGAUGAUGAAUUUCUCAUUUAUAUUGUGGACAGCCUUGUUCUUAUUAUCUUGGAGUUUUACCGCGCUUCUGUUCGUUCUGCUUUUGAAGCAACCACGCGAAUGAGAAUGGUUGGGAAUUCAAAUUUAUCAUGUGGUAUUCGACUGUUUAAAAUCAGAGAUAUUAUUUUAUUUCUUAAUGAAAAGCUGUUCAGCCUUAGAAUGAGUGAAAAAAUAGUGAAAACUUAA